AUGAACCCGAGACGGAAUCAAUCGCGGUCGGAUGGGAGGCCUAAUAGAGUCUAUGCUGCAGCCAGAACGUACCCAUUGCCGCAACAGCACCCAGUGCAUCCCUUGGAUCAGCAGCGUAUGCUGCAUGGAAUACUGCAAACCCGGCAUUACGAUAUCAGGGGUCGAGCUGGAGCCCUAGGACCCCAGGGGAGACCAGAUACAGCAACGGGGGAAACCCCUCAAGCGAGUCCAUCAGCCUCUCCUGAAGAUCUCCCUGCUAUGGAUCCAGCAAAUAGGGAGCUGGCUGAAGCCGCGUCUGCUGCAGCAGCUCUGGUGAGGGAAGCACAGAGGCUUGAGGGGGGGGGGACCGUCCCCCCGGAGAUCGCGGCAAGCCUCACGGCAUUGCAGCACUUAUCAGUCCCGGAGUUGGGCAAGGGGCCGUUUGCAGCAGGGCAUUUGCUUUUCUUGUCGGAUGUGUACAGCCCAGGAGACAAGCAGGUUGAGCUCAGGAAGGUUCCUGUUGUCUUCCAGCGAUUUGUUACAUUGGGCCGUAGCGUCGCUGUGUUCGAAAUGGAAGCAGGAGGCCCCCCUUUCAGCGCGUUACUCCCUGGAUUGCAUCAUUUGAGACUCGGAUUUGGAGCGAUUGAGGCUCCCAGACAAGAUUCAGACAAGCAGCAGCCGCAGCUUUCUGGCCUAGGGCCUUCCCCAGACGCCGUGAGUGCGGCCGCUGUUGUGGGGGAAAGUCAAGUACGCAGAGCCUUUCAGGUGGCUGAAAGGAUUCUGCAGUCUGAUUUUGCAUCCGUGAAGGAUGCGUCUCGGCGCUCAGCUUUGCUCUUGCCGCUGUAUGCGGUCUACAUUCCCCGCCAUGGUCAGAGCUACGCGUGGGUAGGACCAGUUGUUUUCUCACCCUCGGCUGCAAUUACUUCGGCUUACGUUUGCACCCUACAAGACAUCCUCAGUCCAUCGGCGGCACGCGAAAGAAAAACGCACGUCCUUUUCCCUCCCCCGCCACCUGAAGCUCAAACCGAAACACCAGGGGCCCCCGCCCCUCCGGCUCAAGACAAAAAAUCGAAUUCGGAAAGAAGCACUAUUAACCUGCCUGCUGAUGGUUCACGACCAAACACGGGAGCCACUUCGGCUACGACGGCCCUUGCCCGUUCUCCUGUUGCGCCGAAGGCACCUGAGGCCUUGAGUGCUGCUGCUAGAGAGUAUAUCUGUGAGCGUCUGUUACGGGGUGUUAGCAGCCUGCAUUCUGCGGGUUUAGCGCUUGGCCGAAACCUUACCUUAGAGGGUGUAGUCGUUGCGGCUGAUGGCAAAGUUUAUCUCUCGGAUUUAGAGAACGUUGCGACUGCAACUGACAGUGAGCCGUGUGCAGCCGCAUUGCCGCUGUCCCCGCCUUACGCUCCACCGGCUACCCCCGUGCAGCUUCUGCACGCUGCCGUUCCAUUGUCUGCCGCUGUAGAGCCUGAGGUACCAGGACAGUUAUCCUCAGCUCCUAAUCGACUGCCGCCUCCCUCUGGAGCUGCGUCUACUGCCGCUGGCCUUCCCUUGGCUGCUCCACCGAAUGUACCGACCCCACCCGCAGUGUGCCCCAUAGGAGUAAAGGGUAUCGAUAGCAGACAAAAGAGCGAGUCUCUGCAGCUCGGCAUUCUCCUCUUACAGAUUCUGUCGGGGGGAACCUUGCCACGAAACUUGCCGAAAUUCCUCCCACCCGCCCAGGUCCUGGAUGCUCUCUCCUCGCACCUCCAAACGCAGCAGCAGCACGUUCAUGAGCAGCAAAUACAGCAGCAAAUACAGCAGCAGCACGUGCAGGAGCAGCAAAUACAGCAGCAGCAACAACAAAUACAGCAGCAGAAGCAGCAGCAGCAACAACAAAUACAGCAGCAGAAGCAGCAGCAGCAACAGCAUAUACUGCAGCAAAUACAGCAGCAGCAGCAGCAGCCAGUGCAAGAGAUGGUGCCGAUUUACCCUCAUCAGACACCGGAAAGGUAUUGGCAGGAAGACACAUGCAACUCCUUCGAGGGGACACUAUCUCCACUAGGCGCGGCCAUUGCCGAGCUGGCGCGGCAAGAGCUGAAUCCGAAAUGGACGAAAUGCAUCAGUGGCCUGUUAGGUUGUGAGGGGGGGGGGCCCCUAACGGCAGUGGAGGCAGCAAAUCUGGUUUUUUCAAGCGCGGAUGGGACGUUCCCAAGGGGUGCAGGCGCGGAGGCUCAGCCGCAAGACACGAAGACGCCGGCAAAACAAACAUGA